GUGUCUUUAAAUGUCCUGCCAUUAUUCUUCAACAAGCAGCAGCUAGGUUCGAUGUUUUUCUGACCAACAGAAACCCUCGAACAUUGGAUACUUUUAACCAUUGGGAUGCGUAGCUAAAUAUUUAAGUACUUGUUUUAUACUGGUACAGUAUUCGAAACUGUGAGGUUAUUAGUAAGAUUAAGGGUAGAGAUAUCGGAGUUUGUCUUUUCUGUUCCGCUUUUCUGCCGCAGUCCGAUAUUUUCAGCUAACCUUAGCUAGCUUUUUUGAUUUUAGCCAGGUAACUAGCUAACUAAUAAGUUAACUUUACAUUUCUGUCAAUGUUUCCGUAAUGAGCUUCUUCACUCAAACGUAAUCGUUAGUGAAGUAUAUGUUUUCUUCAAGAAACCAACCUUGUAAAUUGCCACAACCCAGAAGUAACGUUAGCUAGUUAACUUAGCUCCUUGCUAGUUAGUCAUGUUACUAGUUACAUAUUGUCAAGCAGUAGUGGAGGGUUUUCAGUAAAAAUCGUUAUUAAGGUUAAAGCAACGAGUUUAGAGCCAUCUAACUAAUGUGUUUGUGACUGUAAUAGCUAACUAAGUAUUCGUGUUGGCAAGCUACUGAAGCUAGCUAGCUAAUUUCUAGCCAAAUGCUAACUAAAUAGCGACUGUCUAGCAGUGAGUGUAUGAUUGCUAGACAGUGGUUGAUUGGGCAGAUAAGCUUACUACCUACUAGCCUCUAUCGUUCGCAGAUAUCACACGAACGGGCGAAUAUAGCAACCAAUUUGUUCACGUUGUCAGCGCGCUUGAGAAGGUGCUAGGCUGUUGAAAGCAGAGAAGGAAAGAGGGGUGAGAGUAGUGAAACGCACACAGUGCUCUUUGUGCCAGGGGGUUGGCCCGGUCUCAACCAGCGAAGCGCAGUGCACUCGGUUCUGUUCAGAUCUGCUUCAGAACCAUGACAACUGCAAGGGAUCUCGAUAUGGUGAAUCUGCGUCUUAUCCUGGUCAGUGGGAAGACACAAGACUUCAUCUUCUCCCCCAACGACUCGGCCAUGGACAUCGCCAAGCACGUCUUUGAUAACUGGCCCUUGGGAUGGGAGGAGGAGCAGGUGGGCAGCGCCAGCAUCCUGCGCCUCAUCUUCCAGGGACGCUUCCUGCAUGGCAGCGUCACCCUGGGCGCUUUAAAGCUGCCCCCUGGCCGAACAACUGUCAUGCACUUGGUUGCCAGAGAGACCCUGCCAGAACCUAACUCCCAUGGUCAGCGUAACCGGGAGAAGAUCACAGAGAGCAACUGCUGUCUGCUCUUGUAAAAACAACAAACAACAAUCCUUUCACUCCCCUCCCCCACAUUCAUCCUAUGCUCGGCUUCUGUCUGCCCGUCAACCCUGGAUUUGGGGAGAUCACAGGAAGAUGGGUCACAGAGCUGUCAGCGGGCGUGUGUUUGUUGCACGUGUUUGUUGCACUCUGGCCCAAUCGGUGGCUUAGGAAUUAUGUAGGUUUUUUUCGUGCCAAUUUAUUCAAAUCGAUUUUCUUUUGUUCACCCUUUUGCCAAAUUUUGCCUUUCCUUCUCUCUGUUGUAAAAUCAUGUUAAGAAUUUGUACAUAUAAUAUCUGUGGUUACCCAGGAGGAGCAUAUAUCCUGUGUAACCGGGGGGGAUAUACAGGUUUUGAAGACUCACCUUACAAAGAAACACUAACAAACUCUUUGGAACUUUGACCCGUACUGUGCAUACAGUUGUUUGCAUUACCCUUGAAGACACGGCAUACAGUUUGCUCCAUGUGUCUUUCUGCUAAUGAAAUGGAAGUUCCCACGGGUUUGGCACUUAACUGGGUUGUUUAUUUGAAAGUGUGUCUUUGUAAGUUUUAUGUAUGGUCUUAAUCUUCCCAUCCCCUUCCCGUCUUAGAGGAAGAGAAUCAUUUCCUACUGUUAUACAAAGUGCCGUCCCCCUCACCCGAUGUAGACUGUGUACAGUAGUUGCCUCAUACUGGCAGGGAGUGUUUAGUCUGCAAUAGCACCAGUGGACUGGAGUGGUGCAUCUUUCUGUGCCAUGGGCCACAUGUGUUCGUUCCUGGACCAACACAGAGGAAGAGUUCAAAGUUGUAAAUGGACAGCUGUGUCAACACCUGAGUGGAUGUGUGUGACAUUGUCAUGUUGGAUCACCUCCUUGAGGAUGAACUGGUUUAGCUAGAAGAAGAAUCUAAACUAACUCCUAAGUGUCCUCCCCCUGGUUGUGAAGCCUUGCUUUCUUUUUUUUUUCUCCUUUUUUAAACUGAGUGAAAAUACUUUGGAGUGCUUCUGAGUGACCAUUUUGUGUCAUUCUGAAUGGCUUACGUCUCUGAUCCACAUGACCGUUUAGACUGUACCACACCCAGUCUCAUGAGGAAGCCCCGUAUCCUCGCCACUCCCCGUCUGACCUGAGUGAGGAGUAAGGGAAUCGACGCCAGGAGCCAGUCAACCGUGAGGUGGUGGUGGGAGUGCUCCCUACAGGACAUAAGGGCUAGAGGCAUGGGGGGGAGCAAGGGCUUGGUGAGGGUACCGUCUGGAAAUUAUGUAUUUUUUACCUCCUUUAUGUUUGGAUGCUGUCUGUUUUUGCCUUUUUGAUUUUUGAUUCAUUCUGUAAUCAUAUUAAUAUUGCAAUUUUUUAUCUUGUGUUGUUUAUUCCGUUUUUGUCUGACUCCUGUUAAUUGAAUACUUUUUGUUCCAGGGGUUGUAUGUAUAUGUCUGGGAAUGUAGAUCAUGUUCUGUGUGUCAGUGGAUGAGCUGGGGAGAUGUCUGUGUAGUGAGACAGUAUGGCUGCGUUUACACAGGCAGCCCAAUUCGGAUAUAUAUUUCAGUUAUUGGCCUUGUUUUUUUUGACCGAAAAGCUCUGAAAAAGAUCUUAUGUGAAAGGUCAAAAGACCAGUUAGUGGAGAGAAAAAUAUCAGAAAUGGGCUGCCUGCGUAAACCCAGCCUUAGUGUAUUUGAGAGUGAGUAAUGGGUGUGUGUUUGUCAGGUGUGUGUGUGCUCUUGUGCCUAAAUACUGAGUGAGUGUGUGUGGGUGAGAACUGUGGGAUAGUUAUGCAGGUGGUUGAGUAGGAGGGCGAUUGGUCUUGGGUGGCUGUGGUUUCCAUGGAAACAGUGUGGCUCCUUCCUUUGAGUGAGUCUUUUGGUUAGUGUUUGUCAACCAAUGUCACUGCUAUGAAAUUUAUCUCAAUAUGAAUAAAUGUAAAAAAAAUUAAGAAGUGAUCUGCUUUAAGGUAUUAUAAAUUAAUAAACAUCUUUAAAUAUGA